AUGGCCAUCAUCAACUUGCGCGCAGAUGGCCUGCACAUCUUGGACAGAGACCUCCGCCACCUUUGCUGGCUCCUGGCAGAUAUGAACAAGAGGAGGGAACCGCAUGCGGCCGUGUUUGCCAGCUUGGCGCGGGAGUUUGUCCUGCCGUUCUUGGCCGUGACCUUUCGAUCUGCAUCAGAGUCUCCAGUAGCUGCAGGCCUCAAUCACAUCUCCGCAAUCAGCGAGUGCGGCCGGCUGUUGAGCUUUGGCGCUCUUAGCCAGUCCGACAUGUCAGACGUUGGCCCGGUGGUUGCCGUGGCAGCGGGAGAUUAUCACGCCUGUGCCGUGACGGCAAGCGGUGAUCUGGUUUGCUCCGGAUCGAACAAAGGUGGCCAGUGCGACGUACCGCCAGACCUGGGUCCGGUGGUGGUCGUCGCUGCGGGAGCCUAUCACACUUGUGCCCUGACACAGGGUGGCAAGCUGGUGUGCUUCGGCUCGAACUUCUGCGGCCAGUGCAGCGUCCCCACGGACCUUGGUCCAGUGGUGGCCGUGGCCGCAGGAAAUUCUCAUACCUGCGCCGUGACGGAGGGGGGCAAGCUGGUUUGCUUUGGAUCCAAUCAUCACGGCCAGUGUGACGUGCCGCCACAUCUUGGUCCAGUGGUGGCCGUGGCUGCAGGAGUUUACCACACCUGCGCCGUGACUGCAACCGGCGAGCUGGUUUGCUUCGGAUCAAACGAGCAUGGCCAGUGUGACGUUCCAGCCGACCUUGGCCCAGUGGUGGCAGUGGCCGCAGGAUUUCGUGACACGUGUGCCGUGACAGCCAGCGGCGAGCUGGUUUGCAUGGGGUCCAGCGCCGGCCAGUGCAACAUGCCGAUGGACCAUGGCCCUGUGGUUGCCGUAGCUGCAGGGUUUCGCCACACCUGUGCCGUGACGGCGGGUGGCAAAUUGGUCUGCUUCGGUGAGAAUCAAGACGGCCAACCUUCCCCCGUGAAGGUUCAGGUCUCGCUGCCGCGACAAGCCUUGCUGGGCUCAGUGUGCUGA